AGUUAAUAGAGAGGGUGACACCAUUUUGGAUUUUUUUGGGGGAAAAAGUCAAAUGGAGCCGAAGCUUGGUUGAUUAUAGUUACCAAUUGAGCAUUUGAGCAGCGGAAAAGGAGUAUAUAUAAUAAUUAAUAGAGAGGAGGUGUAUAUAUGAGUGCCUGCCUGGAUCAAUAUCUACAACUACAAGGACAAUAACCACAACAACAUCAUCAUUACAAGAAGACAAAUCGUUGGAGAUGUUUCGAGGAUGUUCCGUCACUAGACUAGCCGUUGCUCGGUCUUGGAAACACUAUCAAAACUGAAGCUUCUCUGAUACACCUGAACCCGCGAUCACCAUCACAAACACACACAUACACACACACAUAUAUAUAUAUAUAUUAAAAAAAAAAACAACAGAGGACUUGAUAAAAAAGAACAAAAGAAAAAGACAUGUGAUGAUUCCCUUUACUCCCCCCACUUAAUUCUCCCUUCCCUUUUUUUUUUUUUUUUUUUUAGAUAAUUAUUAUUAUUUCCGUGCGCCCCAUCUCAGAAAGCGAAACUGGUCCGUUCCGCAUCAACCUCUUUCUUCCUUUCAGUAUUGUUACGUAACCAACCUGCUGACACACUCACAAAGAUUUUGUGUUUUUAUAUAUUUUCAAUCAAGGAGAAAAAAGAAAAAGAAAUUUUUAGCAUUUUUGAAAAAAAAAUUAACUCCUCACCAUUAUUAUUAUUAUUACAGCAAACAUAGUUCUUACACUGACAUUUUGUUUAGACAACUGCUCCUCCUACGUGAGUGUGUAUAUAUAUAUUUGUAUAUAUAUAUACACAUAUGCUCUUAGCAAUAACCCCAGCAUUAAUUUAAGCUUUUGCCCUAAUCCAAUUAUUGCCUCACACCCCUUUUUUUCUCUAACCCCACCCUCCCAGACUGAGCUGGAUUUUCCAAUGAUUUGGAUUCUAGCAAACACCCCUCAAUCGUUGUCCCUUUUUUCUCCCCAUUCCAGCUGGAUUUCCAAUGUUUUGGGUUCCAGCAAACCCCCAUUUCUGUGACAACUCGUGCACAUUUUGUUUAGCUUCUGGCUCCCCCUGGUCCCAAGCUACAAACGUUUUUGUUAGUACUAUUGCUACUGCCAGCAAAAUUAACCCUGCCCCUACAAGCACCUGUUUCCGCGGGGCUUCUGAGACAAGUGAUCUCGUGCAUCACUGGUUGAUCCCGCCUUGGGCCACUGUUUUCCGCGAUUUCCUGCUGUUACCCCGUCUACUGCUUCUUCUUCUUCUUCUUCUUCUGCAACCCUUCUUCUUGUUGCUAUUGCUGUUGCUUCUGAGUUCUGAGGAAGCUUGUUGGUUGGGUCAUGUUGCUAUAUCUCCAGUCAUUGUGUAGCUGUCCAACAUGGUGAAAGAAAGGAAAGACUCCUUGCAGCCUGGGCUAGCAAACGCUACCUACACCAAGUGGAUCCUGGAGGCCAUCCGCAAGAUCAAACAACAGAAACAGCGACCCAGCAUCGACAGAAUCUGCAAUGCUGUCCGUCAGUCGCACAAGGUGAGUCGCGAAGUCAUCGAACAGCAUCUGGAGCUGUGCGUGAAGGAGGGCAGCGUGCUGAAGGUCUACAACAAGGGCCUAUGCUCCUACAAGGACCCGGAGCGCGUGGCGCAGCUCAAGAGCCGCACCCUGAAGGUCGGCCGGGGCACCGAGCUGGUGAAGCUGAUCGCCCGCUCGGUUAAGGAGCUCGGGGAGAUUGGGGGCUCGAGCCUGCACAAUAUCGAGAAGUACAUAUGCCGCAGCUACAACGUCGAGCUGACGGAAGGGGUGAACUUGAACCAGCAGCUGCGCCUCUGGCUGAAGAAAGGGGUGAAGACCGGCCAGCUGGUGCAGGAUGGACGCCUCGUCAAAGUCGGUUACAACAGCGCCAGCGUAGAAUCGGACUCUGUGGAAGGUAGCAGCGAAGGGGGCAGUGUAACCCAGUCGCACUUUGAUGAUGAGACGUCAGUCAGAAGCGAGACACCAUUACCCACAUUCCCUACCAGGGCCUGUAAGAAGAGAGCGUUACCAAUUCCCCUUUGUAGCUUUUGUUUGGGAACUGUGGAGCAGAACAGAGAUAGCAUUCCGGAGGAAUUGAUCUCCUGUGCUGAUUGUGGCAAUAGUGGUCACCCAUCUUGUUUGAAAUUUUCCGCAGAUCUGACAUCGAAAGUGAAGAUGUUACGUUGGCAGUGUAUAGAAUGUAAAAUAUGUUCUUUUUGUGGGAAAUCAGGAAAAGAGGAUAUGUUAUUCUGUGAUUCAUGUGACCGAGGUUUCCACAUGGAAUGCUGUGAUCCCCCACUUCACAGAGCGCCUAAAGGUGCGUGGAUUUGUAAAAUCUGUGAUCCUCGGAUUAUUAAGCGGGGGAGAAGGGAGAGUGAUGUGGUGGCAAAGGUAACGAGGAACAGUCCAAAACCAGUCAGGAAUGGCAUUGAUAGAGUCAACCUACGACCCACUACAAAGAACAGUUCAUUGAGGCAGUACACUUGUCCACGGUUAACCACACAACAGCAGCAGCAACAGCAGCAGCAGCAGCAGCAGACAGUACCUGCCGCAACGACAGCAGCAGCAGCAACAACAACCACAACAUCAACAACAACAACAACAGCAUCAACACCACCGGUCACACGAAGGGGGACUGCAGGUGCUCGACUAAAGGCCCAGAGAAGUACGAAGAGCAGAAGGUCGUCUACGUUGAACAGUUGCAGCGGUGCAUCUGUGAGCGACAAGGGCCAGCUCUCCAACCAUGACCACCACCACCAUCCAACACAUCCUGGUAAAGUACCCCCUCUUCAGCAAAAUGGUGAACACUGUUCAUCGUCGGAGAGCGACGAGUUGGAGAACGCUGGCCGGGACCAGGCGGACCCGACUGUGCCGCCGCCGCCUUCGUCGUCAUCGCUGAACAGCAGCAAGCCAAAGGGGCUGUUUGAUGGCCUCUCCCGCUUCUUUACCCCUUCAAACAAACGUAAAUCUCGCGUGUCGUUGAACACAUGUAACACAAACCCCUCCGUCUCUUCUUCUUCUUCCUCCUCCCUAUCAAUGACCCCGGUUUUGCCAGCUCUUGCUCUCAUCCCCGACAAUGCCACAACCACCAACACCACCACAACCACCAACACCACCACCACCACCUCUUCUUCUUCAGCUCCUUCCGUCUCUUCCGUUUCUUCUUCUUCUUCGUCUUCUCCUUCUUCUUCAUCAUCGUGUGUAAAGAUACAGAACAAAUCUCUUUCGGCUGUGCAGCAAAACUCGCAGUGUCAGAGUAAUUCGCAGCAGGCUGCCAGCAAGAUCCUGCGCAAGUCUCGCAUGCUGCAGGCGAGCAAGGGCCGGAAGAAAGCAGGGGGGCCGCCGGGUAGCGGGCAGCUAAAGGGGCUCUUCGACGGCCUCUCGCACCUGUUCACCGCCCAGGGUGAGUCCCGCAAGCGUAACAUACCCGUGUACACGCCGCCGCGCAGGAUGCGCAGGGCGAGGAACAACAACAACAACAACAACAACAACACCGGCAACAACAACAACAACAACAACAACGAUGCGUGCACCCCUGCAGGGGCAGCGGCGUCGGGCCCCGCUUCCGGUGUCCUGUCGGCUGCUGCCGUGGCGCCGGCCCCGGUGCCUGCUGCAUCGCCGUUGACUGCACCGCCGCCGCAACCACCGCCCCCUCCUCCACCUCCUCCUCCCCAGCCUGCCCCUCCCUCUCGUUCACAUUCGUCGUCAGUGCAGUCUGGUACUCACCGGCAAAGGACUCACGUGUCUCCGUCAGUAAAACCGCCGUCGUCUACUACCACCGCCGCCGCCACUACCACUGCGGCGGCGGCAGCAGCAACAACAACAACAACCACAGCAACGGCAACUACUGGUGUGACCACGUCUCGCCGUGCGGCUCACUCGUCGACGUGUGCCGCCACGGCGACUCGGGCGGGCAGCCGAGACGCGGCGUUGACGACGGCCGCCACAGCACGGGACAGUCCGGUGACGCGGACGCCAUCGCAGCAACACCACCACCACCAACAACAACAACCAACACCACCACCACCACCACCACCUCCAGCUCAUACUCCACCAUCAUUGUCUUCACCAACUCCACCACCAUCACAACCCCCGCCACCACCACCGCCGCCGCCGACGCCGUCCAGAAGGGGUCGGGGUAGAGGGCGGGACCGCAACUCCUCCUCCUCCUCCUCCUCUACCUCCAAGUCUGAUCUUGCAGCAGCAGCACUGACAACAGCAACAACAACUACAACUACAACAACAACAGCAGCAUCAACAACCACCACAACACCACCACCACCACCUCCACCAUCAUCAUCAUCAACAUCAACAACUAUGGCAGUCCCUGGAAGUCUGGUUGCAGCAGCUGCCACCACGUCUACUACUACUGCCGCUGCUGCUGCUGCUACUACUACUAUUACUACUACUACUACUACUUCUACUGCCACCAUCACCACUACCACUUCUACUACUACUUCUACCACCACCGCUACCACCACCGUCGCCACUGCCACCACUACCACCACCACCACCGCCAACAUUUCUCCCUCAGCCGACAAGCGUCACCGCGAAGUCAGAGACACACUCCACUCGACUGACACCACUGCAGUGACAGGGAGAGGGCGUGGACGGUCACGCUCUUCUGCCUUGUGGAAUACGAGAUCCCUUAAUUUGAAAAGAGAUUCAGCAGAGACCAACCGAGCAGCAGCAGCAGCAGCGGCAGCAGCCGCCGCUGCAGCGCUAGCCCUGCCCCCUGGGGUCACCGAGAAGGAUGUUGAUUUAUUUAAACGAGCUCAGGAAAAGGCCCAGCAGGCUCUCUUUGAGGCUUCGUGUAAUGGGUCCGACAAGAAGACGUCUGGUGGCAGUGGCAGCGAGGCAACGGAUGCCAGCACCAAUAUGGCGUCGAGCAGCACUGCUGCGGCUGGGGCGGCGACCGCAACGACGACGGCGACGACAACAGUCACCACGGCAACCACUGCUGCUGCGAUGAGCACUGCGAUGCCCACCUGUCCAAGUUCACCCCUAUCAUCGUCCUCUUCCUCCUCUUCCUCCACCUCCUCCUCAUCAUCACACACACCUCCAGACACUCAGGGACGCUUUCCACCAUGCAUAGAGUUUGGCAAAUAUGAAAUUCAGACCUGGUACUCUUCGCCAUACCCUCAAGAAUAUGCCAGAUUACCAAAAUUGUACAUAUGUGAAUUUUGUUUAAAGUUUAUGAAAAGUCGGAGCAUACUACAGAGACACAUGGAUAAAUGUGGUUUAGAUCAUCCGCCUGCCAACGAGAUCUACCGUAAAGAUGAGCUGUCAGUCUUUGAAGUCGAUGGUAAUGUCAGCAAGAUCUAUUGCCAAAAUCUGUGCCUGUUGGCCAAGUUAUUUCUUGACCACAAGACUCUCUACUAUGAUGUCGAACCGUUUCUAUUUUACGUUCUCACCUUUAAUGACAACUCAGGAUGUCACAUUAUUGGUUAUUUCUCCAAGGAGAAGCACUGCCAACAGAAAUACAAUGUUUCCUGUAUAAUGACAAUACCCCCGUAUCAAAGAAAAGGCUAUGGCCGGUUUCUCAUUGACUUUAGUUAUCUGCUGUCACGUGUGGAAGGUCAGCCUGGCUCACCAGAAAAGCCCCUGUCAGAAUUGGGUAAAGUUAGCUAUCAGUCCUACUGGAAGAGCAUCAUGAUUGAAUACCUGUACAAGUCCAAUGACACCAAGGUCACGAUAAAAGCAAUUAGCCGUGCCACAGGUAUGGACCCACAUGAUGUAGCUACUGCUCUGACAGCCCUUAAUAUGGUCAUUAAAAAAGGGGAGAGAGUGGUUAUUUUGGUGAAUAGGAAAUUGAUCAAGGAACACAUGCAGAAGCUAAAGCAAAAACUCCAGCAACGAAUCGAUGUUGACCCCGACUACCUUCAUUGGACCCCACUUAUCUCGACUCAGCUGCUCCUCGAAGAAGAGAAGAGAGCGGAGAAGGAGUAUGUGUCCGUGGUAGCUGGCAAGCACAAGAAGACUGGGCGUUGUGGUUACCACCAACUGCCACAGGUAGCUCCUCGGGGUGGCACCUCUCGCCACUUUCGGCUUUCCCGUCAGCUGAAAGAGAUGAGUCAGUUAGUGAACCACAUUGACGACGAGAAGAAGCUGGCCACAGGCACCGUGUCACCAGAUCAGCCACCACCACCCCCUGAACGGACGAGUAGGAGGAGGAGCGACACUACUACUACCACUACUACUACUGCAGCAGCCUCCACUGCACGACGAAAGCUUGGUCGGUGGGUUACAGUGGGCAUGAAGAGACGUGUAACAAGACGGACCUCUGUUGAACCUGCAGACAAGAGGUUAAAGACAGAUGAGGCCGAAACAAAGAAAGAUGAACCUGUUCCAGAAGGACGAUUGCUCAGACGAUCCAAUGCUGACCGUUCUAGACGGCUUGCGUCUACAGCGUCCCCACCCAAAAGUUCAGGUACGAAGAAAGACAGCCCUGCCAACAGUGCCGCCGAGGUUAACACUACCAGCCAAACCACGAACAACAGCAGCAGCUCUCCGGUCAGACGGGUGGUCGCGGAAAGGCGACGCACCAGCAGUCGGACGGCGAGCUACGCAGCAGCAGCAGCAGCCGCCGCUGCUGCUACUGCCGCAGUCGCUGCUGCCUUGAAAGCAACCAAUACUGCAAGUAAUAGUACGACCACUACUACUACCACCACAACUGCUGCAGCUGCUACAACACAACCGGACGGUGCCCCGCAACCUGAGCGCAAGAAAACGAGAGGUUGGCCGAAAGGGGUGAAACGUGGGCCGUUGGCGAGGAGACACGGCAAACGACGAGGUCGACAGAAUAAGACUGCGAAUGCGAGAGCGGCACAGAGACGGCGCAGAGCAGCGAAUGCUGCGGCCAUGGCAUCGGAGGAAAUGUUACCAUCCGAAGACCAGCAGCAGCAGCAAGAACAGGAGAAACAACAGCAGCAGCAGCAGCAACAACAAGAGGAAGAACCUCAGCAUGAAGAGGAAAACGAACAACAGCAGCAACAACAACAAGAACAAGAAUCAGCCUUGUCGUCGCCUGUGAGGGAGGAGGAGGAGGAAGAGGAAAGCGGCGAAUGCGACAAUAAUAAUAAUGAUAAUAAUAACACUAAUAAUAAUACGAGUAAAGACGAGAACAAUAUGGCAGUGGAGGAGGAGGAGGAGGAGGAUGACGAUGAGGAGGAGAUGGAGGUGGAUAUGGAGAAGGAGGAGCAGGAUGAGACGAUGGAGUCGUCUCCUGCGAGGCCCUAUGAUGUCGGUGUCGGCGGCCUGGACAAGGGUGAGCCGAUGCCUUGCGGGGAGACGAACAUGCCGGAUCAUGGCCACCACCACCACCAUCACCACCACAACCACAACCACCACAUCCAACAGCAGCAGCAGCAGCAGCAACAACAACAACAACAUUGUCCUUCUAUCCAGGGAGAUGGCAUGGAUAAGUCGCCUCGGCCGAACAAGAUGGACGUCGCCAACGGCAACGAUAACAAUAACACCAACGGCAACAACAACAACAACAACAGCCGGCUGGAAAACGUUGACAGUGAAGAGGAGAGCGAUGGUGAUGAUGACGAUGACGACGAUGAUGACGAUGAUGAUGACAGCAGCAAUAAUAGUAAUAAUAAUAAUAACAACAACAGCAACAACAAAAACAUGGAGCUCGACAUGGUGAAAGGGAAGCUGAAGAGCCCCAGCUCUGUGGGAAAAGUGCAUCAUUGCCAUGACGACGAUGAUGAGGAAGACGACGACGAUGAAGAUGAUGAUGAUGAUGAUGAUGAUGAUGACGAUGGAGAUUCCGAAGGCGAGGUAGAGUGUUCUUUGCCACUGUCCAUUGCACCUCGCUCUACCUCGUCGGCCGCGGUGGCCCACAGGGCGGAGGAAGAGGACGACGACGACGAGGAGGAAGAAGAGGAGGAGAUGUCCCACGACUCUGUUGUCGAGGACGACAACAGCCGCGACGCCGAGAUGCCGAGUGACGAUGACGAUGACGAUGAUGACGAUGACGACGACAGCAGUGGCAGCUACCACCGCGAGUUCAACAGUGACACGAACGCUGCUGUCGCGACCCCACUGAGCCGCGGCUCCGCCGGUGGCGGCACGGCCCCUACCCACAACUUCAACAACUUUGAGCCGAUUGACAACAACUCUGUAGGGGAAAUGAGCGGACCAGAACACGUAUCCCAGCAGGCCUCUGCAUCGACCCCAGCAGCCUCCGCAGACGGCCUGACCCUAAAUAAUCUGCCCAAUGCACCCCCUGCCUCAGCGACGACCCCGGCUGCUACCACGCCUUCUUCACAGAACCCCAACUGCCCCAACGUGGGCGGAGUCUUCCCGCCAGCCCCUGCCGGCAGCACCCUGAACAGUGUCCAGAGUACAGGCCUGUCGAAUGGUGGCGCCGGCAGCGGAGGCAGCAGCGGUAACAGCAGCGGAAGUGGCAGCAGUGGAGAGAGAGGUGGGGGUGGCAACAGCAGUAGUAGUAGCGGUAGUGGUGGAGGAGGCAGUGGAGGUGGUGGGAGCGGUGGUGGUGGUGGUACAGGUACGGGCGGGUUUGGAGCGGUGGACAUCGACGUGGCGCAGCUUGGUCUGGAGUCACCGACCUCGAUCAGCAGCAACGAGAUGGCAGUGAGCUCGGUGGAGACGGCAGCCACGCCCAACUUUACGGACUGCGCCCAGGUGCAAGGUUUCUGUAGCAGCUCGGGGCCGGGCCGCUUUAUGGACACAGUCAACUCACCGCAGCCGGUCAGCAGUACCGGUUCCUAUAUGCCCCCAAACACAACCGUCAACUACUCCACUUACACAGCUCCGUCAGUGCUGCUCCCCCAGGCGACGCAGCGGCUGAGCCACACGGCAUCCCCAUGCACGCUGCAGCUGAGUAGACAGAGUCCAAACUAUCAGACAAAUGCCAGCUGUAGUUUGGCCAAACUACAGCAGCUGACCAAUGGCAUUAUGGAGAUUGUCCCCGAGAACACGAUGACCCCGCCGCCCAACCUGACCCCGCCCCCGGUCAACAUGACCCCGCCGCCCACCAUGGUGCGCAACAUGCCCACCCCGCCCAUCCCGACACUGCAGCCGCAGAUGAACGCCCAGUACAAGCAGUUCCAGCGGCGCGGCUCCGGCGUGCGCAAGAGCCCCAACAUAUCCGCGGCGGCUGCUGCAGCCGCUGCCGCUGCGGCUGCUGCCCCUCCUCCGCCCCCUCCGGCGCCGCCGACCAAUAUGGCUGCGGCUGCCGCCGCAGCCGCGGCCCUGUCGCCGAACGUCACCCUGUCGCAGUCGAGCAUGAUUGCUGCACGCUACAAUGUGAUUAACAGCUACCGCAUGCCCCAGCAGAUGUUAAACCACGGCUACAUCUCCAGCCCUGGCUUCAUCAACCAACAGCAGCUGCCGGUGCAGAUGAGUGUGGUGAACAUGCACCCCAACCAGGCAUUCCAGCAGCAGAUCCAGUCCCCCCAGUCCAGCAACCAGGUGUACGCGACCUACGGUUACCUGUCCACGCCCACCCUCAACAUGAACAUGCGCCGGUAGUACUUGGCCCCCCCCGAUCCCUUUUUCUCGCCCUGCCCUGCCAACUAGCCCCCGGGGGGGCUCCUCAAUCAUCUCAUCUCUUCCCGUCUCUCUGGCCGACCUCUCUCUCUCUUUCUCCAUCUUUCUCUUCCACCCCCCUCUCUCCCUCUCUUUCCGUCAUGCUCUCCCCCGCUCCUGCCUCCACCACCUCUUGUCAUCUCUACAUUCUUCGCCGUACAUCAACUGCACCGCCGCCGCCACCAUCAUCAUCAUCAUCACCACUACCACCAACCAACCAACCAACAAACAAACCAACCACCAUCUUCAUCAUCAUCAUCAACAUCAUCAUCAUCUUCAUCACAUGAUCAGUUUGUACAUAGUCAUUGGAAGUCUUUUUCUUUUUUUUUUUUGGUCUUUCUAUUCCCCCCUCUUGCCAUCUCUGUUUGUCUGACCCCUGAGCCCUGAUCCCCAUUCCACCCCCAUCGCUUCCCAUCCUUCAACUCUUCUCUCUUUCUCUUCCCUGUCUUAACUUGUCCUCUCCCCCCUUCCACUACACCACACACACACACACACACACACCCUUCAUGCACCUAAUAUUCUCUCUGUCUCUGUCUCUCCCCCCUUUUUUUCCCUGUUUUUUUUUGUCAGCCUUACUCCCAUCUCCCCCCAUCCAGUUCUAACCCCCCAUCUGUGAAACACACUCCAGCCUCUUCAAAGCAUCUGGGGAA